AGCCUCGGAUAGCCCGAAAGUUGGUUAAUUUUGUCGCACAGUAUGCAAAAACGAAAAGCUUCCAAAAAUCAAGGAUCGAGCUCCAAACGAGUUCGAUUCAACGAAGAAAAUCCCACAGCAGCACCAGUAACUGAUGAAUUCGAAUUUGAUCACGAAGCUGAACUAGAAACCGCCAAGCGACGGCGAGGAGCGGUGAAUCUGGACGGCUAUGGUAGUAGUGAGGAUGAAUCGGACGAUUCCGAGCCGACGGACAAAAAGGACGAUGACGAUUUAGACGACAUGUUUGCCGAUGCCAAACCUGAAAGCUCCAAAGCAGCAGGCGACAAAAAGAAAAAGACCAGGUUUCUCAGUAUGAAUGAGAUUGAAGGUCAAGAGUUGAGCUCGCGCGGACACGAUUCGGAUUCAGAAGGUGAACCAAAAAUCAUGGCUUUCAACAUGAAGGAAGAUUUAGAAGAGGGAGAGUUUGAUGAAGAAGGCAACUAUAUACGAAACAAGGUUGAUCCCAACGCGUUCCAUGAUAAAUGGCUACAAGGUCUAAGUAAAAAAGACAUCGCCAAAGCCAAGGCGGCCCAAGAAAAACAAGAACAAACAGAGCAGUUGAAGGAAGCCGACGUACUUAGCAGUGUUCCACAAGACAAGACAGGCGUUUUUAGAGCCCUCAUCGAUUUGUUACAACCCGGCGAAAAUGUUCGGGACGCUUUGGUACGGCUCGGAGGCAGUGCCAAAAAGAUUCCAGCUUGGAAGGCAAAGAAGAUGCAACAAAAAAAUGGUGCUGCUGGUGAACCGACGGCUGAAGAUAUCGAAAAACUAGCCAUCAUUGAUCGAAUUACUGCCUUGGCUGAUCAAAUGAUGGCUCUUGGUGAUUUUGGUAUCUAUGACGAGACAUACGAAGCUAUUCUACGACAUUUACGGCGAAGCGGAACCGUACCACUGGAAUGGAUGCCUGGGCAAACCAAAGCGGUUACCUGGGAGUAUCGCUGGGCUGGAUCCGGCGAUGCUGGUGAGGUAUACGGACCCUUUUCAAGUACACAAAUGCAAGAAUGGCAAGCGCAAGGGUUUUUCACAAACGGCAUUGAGGCUAAAAAGGUCGGUUCAGAAGACGCAUUUACUGCCGUAUCCGAGAACUUUAGCUAUGCUUCAUAGAAGGAAAUGAUAGUUGCGAAGUUAAAACAAAGAAUUCAAUGUUAUCAUUUGGUUUUUACUUUUUGCAAACGCUCUGUAAUCCAAUGAAGAGAACAUCGUAGAGCCAGCAAAAUAAAUUAUAAAAUGGAAAGUACUAGUGUACAAGUACCAAAAAUUGGGAUGUAUGUCAAAUUAGAAAGGCUGUGGCAAAUUAACGG